UUCGAACGCGCAGCAUCGUCAGACUCUCACAGUCGCACUGCCUCCCUUAAUUGUUUGAUCCCACUCGUGUAUUAGAAGCUUUCCUCCCUUUUCCACGGAUACACGCUCCACGGAAAAUACCGUUUAUGGUCCUGGCUGAAGAUCUCACCAUGUCUCGCACCGACGAGGUUCACCGUCUGACGGAAAACGUCUAUAAGACCAUCAUGGAGCAGUUCAACCCCUGCUUACGGAACUUUGUUGCCAUGGGGAAGAACUAUGAAAAGGCCCUCGCCAAUGUGACAUUUGCUGCCAAAGGCUACUUCGAUGCUCUGGUCAGAAUGGGUGAACUGGCCAGUGAGAGUCAAGGAUCUAAAGAUUUGGGGGAUGUGCUGUUCCAGAUGGCUGAGGUCCACAGACAGAUCCAAGUGCAGCUCGAGGAGAUGUUAAAAUCCUUCCAUAAUGAGCUGCUAUCUGAGCUGGAGAAGAAGGUGGAGCUGGACGCCCGUUAUCUGACCGCUGCCCUGAAGAAAUACCAGAUGGAACACAAAAGCAAAGGGGAGAGUCUGGAGAAGUGCCAGGCGGAACUGAAGAAACUGCGCAGGAAGAGCCAGGGCAGCAAGAACCCCUCCAAGUACGGAGAGAAGGAAAUGCAGUUCGUGGAGACUAUCAGCAGUAAGCAGACCGAGCUGGACACCUUUAUUGCUGAGGGAUAUAAGACGGCCUUGUCUGAGGAGCGUCGCAGGUACUGCUUCCUGGUGGACCGUCAGUGUGCAGUGGCGAAGAACAACAGUGCCUACCAUGGCAAGGGUAAGGACCUUCUGACACAGAAGAUCCCCGUAUGGCAGCAGGCCUGCUCGGACCCCAACAAGCUGCCGGAGAGGGCCAUGCUCCUGGCCCAGCAGAUGGGCUCUGCCGCCCUGGGGGGCACCAGCCCUCUGCAUUCCUCCAAAUCCAACCUGGUUAUCUCAGACCCCAUCCCAGGGGCCCAGCCUCUCCCUGUGCCCCCAGAGCUGGCUGUGUUCAUGGGUAGUGGCCUGGGACACCCAGCGAGGCUGAUGGGCCCUGACGGUAUGUCCAUGGUCAACGGGACAACAGGGGUCCACGGGGAGGAAUACUGGACGGACGGAGGGAACAUGUCCGUGUCCCAAGUCAGGCCUUCGUCUCCUCAGGCCCAGGCGCAGGGUCAGUCCCAGGCCCAGCCCCAGAGACAGGUCAGCGAUGUGUACUCCAACACCCUCCCUGUCCGCAGGCCUGCCCCCGCCAAGAGCAAGAACCCCGUGGGGGAGACACGGACCCUGCCCAGGUCUAGUUCUAUGGCAGCAGGUCUGGAAAAGAACGGGCGCUCCCGUGUCCAGGCCAUCUUCUCCCAUGCCGCAGGGGACAACAGCACCCUGCUCAGCUUCUCUGAGGGAGACGUCAUUACCCUGCUAGUGCCUGAAGCCCGUGACGGCUGGCACUAUGGGGAAAACGAGAAGAACAAGAUGCGAGGCUGGUUCCCGUUCUCCUACACACGUGUGCUGCCUGAAAGUGACGGCGAGAAGCUCAAAGUCAAUCUGCACCAUGGGAAGAGUAGCAGCACAGGGAACUUGUUGGAGAGUGAUGCAUCACUGCCUACACCUGACUAUGGCCUGACUGCCCGACUCCUGGCACAGAGCCUAGCGCAGACCCGCCCACGCCCAUACAGCAUGGCAGGCUUUGGCACACAGCCCGCUAUUGAGGAUUAUGACGGUCGCUUUGCCACAAGUUUGGGUCCAGAAUGUCCGGUUCUGAGGGAACAGGACCUCCUGACCGUUCCCUGGAGGGUACCUCCGGCCCACCUUCAUUGAUGACCGAUCUGCACCCAUCUUCUACUAGCAGGCUGCUGUCUCUUUUGUCCACUCAUGGGCCCUUUUUUACGGGAAGGGGAGAAAAUGUCCAAUACUGACAUGCAUAAAUUGCAUGAUAUAGAAGAGGGCCCAGAGUGUAAUGGAAAGAAAAACAUCACCCUAAGGAACACUAAUUGUUUCUUUCCAUGAAAACACUCAGAUUCCUUGAUUAUCUAAACCCUUUGCAAUGUUUGCAGGUAACACAAUGUUUUUAUCAUUCAAAGCAAGUGUGAUAAUAGAUUUUAUAUAGAUCACACCAUAUGUGGAUAAGGUAUGGCUAAUAGAGUUUAUUAGUGAUGCCGUCACAUCUAUUAUAAACUGCACAUCUUCAGUGGGAUUUAUUUUAUUUUUUAACACUCUAGAAACUGUAAAUGUCAUCUGAGGAUUCUUUACAUUAAGAAAAGGAAGGCGCACUCUUCAGUAUCAGUAGUUCGAGAGAGAAAACAAUGGUCAAUUACUGUUUUUCAGUGCAUUAAUAUGCACUCGAGAUGGUUUAGAUUGGAUUCUGCUACAGGGUCAGUGGUGAGUAAAUGGUUAAAAACUACUUUGUUAAGUAAUAUAGCACUGUAGAUUUACUAGUUGGAUACAGUAAACCAGAUUUUCAAUGUGGGAACUGUGCCCUUUGACUUAUUUUUUAAUAACAGGCUUCAUGCAAUGUCAAACCAAAUCUGUGUGAAGUGUUUUGAGGGCAUGUGCGUUACAGUCUUUUUUAUGCUUAAAUAUUAGUGGGCUUAUUUUCCUCCAAUGUACGUUUGUUUGCAAUGUCAAGGAUUUGUUUUUUUUCUUUCUUUUUUUUUUUGCUUCUGCAAACGUACAGUGCAAUGGCAAUUUUCAGCAAAAUGUUUACAGGAUAUUUUGAAAUGCUUUUGUUCUUUCUUUUUUUUUUUUGUCUUUAAAUUUCAAUAAUAUCUAAGAUGCCAAGCUAGCCAAGAGGGAAAAUGACAUAAUGGGUUAUUUUUUGAUAUUUAGUUUUUGAGGGAGUGGUAGCUUUUCAGAUAAGAUACAGUAUUAUACAUCUUUUGAUCUUAUCUCAGUAUUAAAUACUCAUCUGGGAAAGGAGCUUACAGCAGUCACAUUUGUCGUCAGUAGUGAAUCUACUGUAUGUGCGAUAUGGGUAAGUGAGAAUGUUAAUGAACGUGUGAAAUUAGACUCCAAUCAGUCAUUAGUUACAUCCUUAAGAUCCCAUGGAUGAGAGUUAGCUACACUGAGUGAUAUGAUCAUGCUUUUAUCGAUACUAGCUCAUUCAGGCAGCAGUUCCAAUCGCGCUUUGUUUGUUUUUUACUUUUUAUAUAGCUUUAAUUUUGUCCAUUUCUCACUUUUUGUCACCGUUUGUUAUUAUAUCUGUACUGUACAGAAAGCGCAUAUAUAAAUUAUCUUGUCCAAAAUAAAUUGAAAUGGGCACAAACUUCA